UAGUACAUACGUUCUACGUUGUUUUGUGAGGGAGAGAAGGUGCCAGCUAUGUUGUGGGCGUUAGUUAUUUGCGGGACGUUGCUGUUAAAAAUAUAAAAUAAUACCGCAAGGGCGUCACGUAGAUACAUCGAAAGACGGAGACAUUAGAUAUUUCAUGUAAAUGUUGUCUGCAAUGUCGGUGAUGCCAAAUUAAUACCGUACACGUAAACAUUAGUACCGUCUCUAACCUUGGAAUGCUGUUUACGGGGAAAGAUGGAGAGUGGUCCCCAAAAAAUAUUUGCAGAUCAUACAUUUUACAUAUUACCUGCCCGUAUCGGCAACACAAGACUAACUGUAUUGAGAAAUAACAUUAAAAAAAUGGGGGGAACUGUGGCAAAGUGUGCAGAAAAAAUGGACAGUUCUUGUAUUCGUAUAAUUGUUGACGAAUCUUUCCUUAAUAAACCAGACAAGUGUUACGAGAUUCUGAAAAGUAUGCAUGGAGACUGCUUUGAUGUGGAAAUAGUGACUACGAAAUGGCUCAGCAGCUGUUUGAAGGAACGCAAAUUACUAGACCCAGAACCGUUUAUGUUACAUCUAGAGCCCGAACAUGGCGAAAAAAAGAACAAUGGAGAUUCCAACAUUAGUCAGAAUCAACCAAGUAUCGAACGUGAAUCGGCACUGAGAACCAAUCUAGCAAGUUAUGAGCGGUGCAUGGAUGAGCCAGCCACGCAGUCGUCGCCACCGAAGAAGCAAAAGACAAACAUUGAAAAAUUUGCUGCUUUACAAACACGUGAUAAAGAGGUGUUGUAUAAUGGGAAUAUUAUUGCUGAGUUAGAGAAAUUGUCGAGCACAUUCAGAAGCUGUGGAGACCAAUGGAGAGCACAUGGAUAUGAUAAAGCAAUUGCCUCUAUUAAGUCACAUGGAAAAAACAUUAACAGCUAUGAGGAAGCUAUAUCCUUGCCAGGAAUUGGAAAGAAAAUGGCAGAAAAAAUUAUGGAGAUCAUCGAAACUGGAAAGCUUCAGAAAGUUGAUGAAGUCUGCAAUAGUGAAAAAUCAAAAAUUAUCAGUUUAUUUACACAAAUAUGGGGUGUUGGACCAGCAACAGCACAGAGUUGGUAUGCACAGGGUUUUCGGACUUUAGAGGAUCUUCCUUCUAAGGCCAAUCUGUCAAAGCAACAGAAAAUAGGACUUCAUUACUUUGAAGAGCUACAGUGUAGAAUCCCUCGUGAAGAAGUGGAAUGUAUUGGAAACAUUGUCAAGGAGAAUGCCUUAGCAAUUGAGACAGACAUCUCCGUCAUACUCUGUGGUUCUUACCGUCGCGGAAAGCCAACAUGUGGUGACAUAGAUGUUCUCCUGCUUGUGGAAGUGAUCUCAAACAAUUUUUUAGUGGAAUUAUUGAAGAGGCUCAGAGCAUGUGGACUGGUUACAGAUGACCUUAUGAAUAUAGAAGAGAGUGGAGGACAUAAGAAAUACCUUGGCAUCUGUCAGUUACCAGGUGGAAAGCACCGUCGUCUUGACAUAUUUGUUGCCCCAAAGUCUGAAACUGCAACAGCUUUGAUGCACUACACAGGUUCUGCAUUAUUCAAUCGUGCAAUUAGGCUUCUGGCUGUGGAAAAGGGAAUGUACCUUUCUGAACAUUGCUUGAUGAGUGAUGUUGUGAGAGAGGGCUCAAAAAUCAUAAAUGGACAUAUUGUUGAUACACCUACAGAAGAGUCAAUUUUCCUGCAUCUCGGUUUGCCUUACCGACGGCCUGAGGAAAGAGAUCAGUGAACAUUAGAACACCUUGUAAUCUUAAAAUAUUACAUUCAUAUUGCAUUAGCUGUGGAUUGUGGUAUGUUCUGCAAAAUGUUGGCAUGCAUAGUUGACUAGUCAGUGUAAAGAUCAUUCUUUUAGUCUGUUUCUUCUCAGCAGACAGUAUCAAAUUACUGUGGGCUGAAGAAGGAAAAUUUUGGAUUUUUCACAGUGUAGAUGAAAUAAUAUGAAUACAUACAGGUGAUAAAUAUUAUUGUUAUUUGUAUUUGUCAUAAUAAAUAUUUAAAAAAAGUUAAACUUGAUAAGCCCAUUUUAUUUAUGAUAUCGUAAUAAAAAAUCAAGUUAACCAUGUCACUAGAAAUGGAAUUUUCUUGUCUGCAAAGAUCAUUGUUACUUUGUUUCUGAUGACUCACUGCAGUCUUCUUAUAAAAACUAUCUUGAGAUCUAUCAGUACAAUUCACACAAUAGGUUGUCAAUUUCCAUAACACUUGUCAUGUCAAGCCAAAUGCUCAUCAGUAAUUGUACAAUAGUGAUGAUGCAGAACAAUAAAAUUUUGUUGAAAACUAGGAAUUACUGUGUUCUCCAGAAAAACAGUGAUGCCUGUUUUCAUGAAAUACAAGUGAUCCUGCAUUUCUCAAUAAUAGAGAAUAAUAAGUCACCUGAAUCAUUGAUAAUCACUUUAUUUGUUGCCUUUAAUAGAAUAAUAAUAUAUAAUAAAAACACUCCAAGUACUAUUCAGUUAUAAAAUGUGUGUGUGUGUGUGUGUGUGUGUGUGUGUGUGUGUGUGUGUGUGUGUGUGUUUCCGCGCACGCUCGCGUGUGUGCAUGUGCAUGUGCACAUGUGCGAAUGUUUAUCAAUGUUGCAGUGAUAUAUAAUGGAAAUUUGGAGCCUGAUUGUAGUGUUGUUAAAUAAAUGUUGUAUUGAAGUUAAUAGAGCAAGGAAAUAUGUAAACAAAACUGUAUUUUUGUAGCAGAUGUUCAAAUUUAAGUGAUUAAUUUUGUGUUUUAUU